AUGUCGGACCACGAAGACGCACUGGAGAGCGAACCUCCCACUAUUGACCCAUAUGAGGUUUUGAGCCUCGAAAGGACUGCGACGAGCGAUGACAUCAAGAAAUCCUAUCGAAAGGCUGCGCUUAAGAACCACCCAGAUAAGGUGCCACAAGAUCAAAAAGACGCCGCACACGAGAAGUUCCAAGCUAUCGCGUUCGCCUACGCCAUCCUCUCCGAUCCUGCCCGUCGCAAACGGUACGACGAGACUGGCUCGACCUCCGAAUCGAUUGUAGACUCAGAAGGAUUCAACUGGAGCGACUACUAUCGAGAGCAAUAUAAAGAGUCUGUGUCGGGCGAUGCAAUCGAGAAGUUUUCCAAGAAGUACAAAGGCUCUGAUGAAGAGAAGGGAGAUGUUCUCGAUGCGUACGAACAGUGCCAAGGCGAUAUGGAUGCGCUGUACGAGAGAGUCAUUCUUAGCGACGUUUUGGUGGACGACGAACGCUUCCGUGAGAUUAUCGACACGGCUAUCAAGAGCAAGAAAGUGCCUAGCUUCCCGGCCUACACAAAAGAGUCGAAGAAGAAGCGAGAGGGUCGUGUGAAGCAGGCCCGGGCCGAAGCUACAGAGGCUGAAGAUUACGCAAAGGAGCUAGGUGUACACGACAAACUCUUCGGCGGCGACAAUAAGGGCAAGAAGAAGAAGGGUAAGGGAAACUUGGAGGACGACCUGGCAGCACUGAUACAAAAGAGACAGCAAGAUCGCUCAGAGAGCUUCCUAGACCAUCUCGCCGAAAAGUAUGGUGCCAAAGAGAGCAAGGGCAAGGGCAAGAAAGGCAAGAAGCGGCCUGUUGAGGAUGAGCCGUCAGAAGAGGCUUUCCAGGCGGCUGCUUCUCGUCUGAAGGGCGAAAACUUCUACUUCUAUAGGAAUCUGCCCAUCAAAUGGGUGCGCAUAGUCGGAUUAGUCGUCGCCAUUGACGAAUUCGCAAGCCGACGCGUGUAUACAAUAGACGAUAGUAGCGGCGCAUGCAUCGAGUGCAUUAUUUCCAUACCAAUCUCUGGUGGAGAUGAGAAUCGCGCGACAACAGGAGAUGCUGCUCCAAACAAAGCGGAUAUUGACCCGCCUCAAAUCCCACCAGACCCAUUCCCAAAUAUCGAUGUCGGAUGCGUUGUCGACGUUAAGGGAGGCCUAUCUACUUUCAGAGACGAGCGACAACUCACCAUUGAAAAGAUGGCCAAGGUACGAGGCACUGCGCAAGAGGUUACCCUCUGGGAAAAAAGGGUCAAAUUCAAGUCCGAAGUUCUUGAAAAACCAUGGGUUCUACGAAGCAGCGAGAUCCGAAGAUGUCGAAAGGAAGCGGAGCGGAGUGAAGAGGAAGCGGAGAGGAAACGAAAGCGCAUCAAAGCAAAGAUAGAACCUCAAGCAUCGAAGCAGACAUCAAAGUCCGUGGGCCAUACUGAACAAGCCAUCCGGCAGCAGAAGCCGCACAAAGAAAUGCGGCUGGAUCUUCGGCAGAUUCUUGAGCAGGGUGGAAGAGGCAAAUACGAUGCGCUAGGGUUAUGA